AUGCAGGGAGAGGGAAAUGAAUUGUUGGAGCGCCUUGAUGCCUUCUUUGGUGAGGGAGCUAACACAGACGCCAUUGGAAACUUCUUUUCUGAAGAAUAUAAUAUCGUCCAGCGGCUGGAGGCAGCCAACGACAGUUCUGAGGCACUGGAGUUUUUCUCCCUAUUCAAACGGUACGGUGCACUAGUAAAUACCAUACUUGAAACGUUUGGUGAGCGAGAGGCAGCUUCAGGUUCUGCAGUGUCAUUAGAGCAACUUGCUGAGGCAGUGAUGAAGGAGUGGCAGCAACCGCAGGAUUUUUGCCGAUACCUCUGCACAGGGUAUAUCGCUGGGGCAUUAGACUUCGAUUCCUUCAAACAGCUGGUAGCUGACGUCGUUGCACUAACAACGUACCCAGUUGGGGAUGAAAUAUCAGAAGAUGAGGCAGUGAGUGUCUCCGGCUCGAUUGAGGAGGAUGAUAACGAGGAAGAAGAUGCGUAA